AUGGAUUUGACGAUUAGCAAAUUGCAUCUGGGCCUCCUUGUGGGCACACCCGUGGCCUUUGGCAUUGGCAAGUAUUUGGCCAAGAUGAUAACCAUUCCACAGGCCCAGACGGGAGAAGAGCAGCAGGAGCAGCUGGACGGCAUGGUGGUGGCGGAGCUAUCUGACAGUACCAUGGGGCAUGGACGCUUGGUCGCGGCAAUCGACGAAUGUGGCGUGACCAUGAGCAAGGAGAUCAGCAGUCAUCGCAGGGGCAUGUCCGUGUUGCACCAGAGCCGCGCCAUGGGGCAUGAGGUGCUCAAGAAUUGGCCAGCGGUGAAGGGAGACUGCGCCAAGGCCCUGGAGUUCGACUGCCGCAACGGCAUGGCCUACCUGAGUCGGGCACGUGCAAACGAGGCCACCGGGGACCUGCAGGAGUGCCUGAACGACCUGGCGGCUGCCCGCAUCCUGCUCCACGUCUCACGCAUCUCUGAUGGCAGCCUAGAGUUCGCGUCCAUCGAGUCAUUCCUGCAGCGCAUCCUCCAGCAGAGCGCAGAGGCCGAUGCCAAGGCGAUAAUGCGCCAACGGGGUCCCCGCCUGCCCUCCAAGAUGCACAUCAACUCGCACAUGAGCGCCUUCAGCGCCGAUCCGCUGCAGGCGAUGAGCUUCGAUCGUUGUGAGGAUCUGCAAGGGUUCCCCCGCGCCCACUGGGCCUUCCGCGACCAGCGCUUCGAGGACGUCAUUCCCGCCUGCAGCGAGGAGAUCGACUCCACCGAGCACUGGGCCAGGCACAAGCCGGAGGCGCGUCUGCUGCGCGGCACCUUCCACCUGCUGUGCGGCUCCUUCGCGGAGUGCCAGCAGGACUUUGAGGCACUGAUCGGCGAUGCUGACGCGGAUGCCACGCUGCGCGCCUACGCCCUCAUUCGCAGUGGGGCCCUCCGCCUCCAGCUGCAGCAACAGGACGAGGCCCUGGACGCCUUCGAGCAGGCGGCGCGGCUGGCGCCCGACAAUCCCGACCUGUACCACCAGCGCGCCCUGAUCCACAGCAAGCUUCAGGACCUCGAGGCGGCCCUGGUGGACUUCGAAAUGGCCUCGUGCCUGGCCCCGGGCCACGGCAGCUCCGUGGCCCUCAAACACUUCACCGAGUACCAGCUGGCGAAGCUCCAAGACGACCAGCCCCGCAUGGCGACUGCGCUCCGCAGGCUGGACAAGGUGGGGGCAGCCUUCCCCAACACCAUCGAUGGCCACAUGCUGAAGGGCAGCAUCAUGUCCGAGCGCAAAGACUUCGCCAGGGCGCUGGCCUGCUUCGAGAAGGCCGCCCGGCUGGCGCCCAGGAACCCCGUGCUGAUGGCCAACCGCGCCAUCUUGGAGCUGAAGCAACACGACAACGCCGAGCUGAUCAUCCCGCUCCUGUACGAGGCCAUCGAGCUGGACCCCCGCUGCGCCACGCCCUACGCCAAGCUGGCCACCCUCGAGAUGAAGCGGCACAAUCCCGACAAGGCCGUGGAGCUGCUCAACCAGUCCUGCCUCUACAGCGACUCCCUCCAGGAGGUUCUGCACGCCUGCACCGUGCGCAAUGGCAUUAUGGCGUGCACCGUUGCCAAGAAGAAUUUGGGCAUGGGUUUGGGUUUGGGCGUCGACCAGCAGCGGCACCCAGCCGGCCCCGAGGCCACAGUCUAA